AUGUACAAAGCUGAUUUAAUUUCAGAUGUGAUGAGUGUUAAAUUAGAAUCGGAAUCAAAUACAGACAAUGAGAUCGAAAGUAAUGAAACGUUGGAGGACUACACCAAGAAGAACCACAUUGUAACCCUUGAGAAUAUAAAAUUGUAUGUGAACAAAAACUUAAAUAACAAACUGAAUGGAGGAGCAAAUGUAUGUGACAAACGAAAAUUAACUACAGAAGUAAAUACAAAAAAGAAGAGGACAAAACUAGCUGACGAGGGCACAAACUCAGAUUAUGAAAGCGGUGCUCCAGGACUACCAUUUAAGAAGAAACGUACGGAAAUUGUGCAUAAAAAGUGUGUGACAACAUAUUUAGGGCAAGAUUUUAAACCUACUGAGACCCAAUCAACUGAUAAUGAAUUACGAAGAGGUUUACCAUUACAAAUAAUUGGUGAACUCGUGAUUGAACAUGACAAUAAUCAAAUGGAAGUUGAUGAUGUAAAUCCCACAAUAGAUCAUGUACAUAAACCGAGACAAAUUAUUGGAGAUAGGUUUAAUAAAAGGCCAAAAACUUCUGCGGAACGUGUUCGAGAAUUCAGAGCACGAAAAGCAAUGCUUAAGCAACAAAGUAAGCAACAACAGGAACCAAAUAAAAAAGGCGUUAGUGAAACAUCAAAAAAACAGGCGAAAACUGCAGCUCAACGCAUGCGAGAAUACCGACAGAGACAAAAAUUAGCAAAGAAAAUACCGUUGGAGCCGCAAAGUGAUCAAGAUUUAGAUGCUAUAGUCAGCACAUCAUCGUCGCAACAACAAAUUAAAAAAUCAGAACGUGCGCGAGAAUAUCGUGAUAGAAGAAAUGAUAAUAUCAACAUCGAAUCUAAUAAUCCAUCGGGAAAUAAUGAACAACAAUCAGACCUCACUUUGAUUUUGAAAUUAUGGUUUAAAAAUGACUUAAAAAAAGUAUCUGACAAACAUGAAGAUCUAUUGAAGAAAAUAACGAAUAUCAACAACAUUAGCGAUGCAAUGAUUUGUUCAACUUGCAAAGUUGCUCUUGACAAACAAAAUAUUCCAAUAUUGUAA